AUGGCUUCACGAAUACGACAAUCGAGCGGCCCAACAUCGCACCAGCAACCGCCUCCUUCCUCCUACACGAACCUCAGCCCAACCGACCAGAACAACACACAGGGCAAGGAUAAUGCCAGCUCGACACGCUCGAAUCGGUCCAGCACGUUCUCGCUCAAGGCUACACGAGGGAUCAAACGGGUGUUUGGGAUCCUCAAAGACAAUAGCGAACCCACUCUCAACUCGCAACCUUCCUCACCUCUCGUCAAUGGGCGAAAGAGCACGUCUAUUCUACUUGGAGGGCGUGUGAGGAAUAAUAGCACAGUUAGCGCUGUUGCGUCCUUUAGACGAGAUAGCGAGUCGACCGUGGUCGGAAGGUCAGGACUCAAAGUAGGGUCUCAACUAUCACCUACGUCGAUCAAUUCGACGGGGGCUGCGAUGGUGCAGACUGUGCAGACGGUUAUUGUGGGUGUAAGACCGACGAGCCUCGAAAAGGAUUCGGAGACGCCUGAUGGACUUCCUCUUCAGCGGUCGAUACCUUUACCGUUGUCGGGACUAGGUGCUGAGAGAGUGAUUGAUGGUUUGCCGGAGAGCAUACGGAGAAGUUUGGAUUCGAGACCGAUGCUUGCGGUUGAAGGCACAGGGGUUGGCGGUUUACCUCCAAAGGGUGCCAGAGGAGCCGUAGCCACACCACCUGUCGCUCUUACAACUACACCCAAUUCUUCAGAGAUCAACCCCACCCCACCAGCCAACAACACCCUACCUACGAAUGAACCUCCUCUGUCUCUGCAUCAACGUCGGUCUGAGAGUAUCACGACAUUAUCCAACGACUCGCACGACUCGUCCAACUCUAACCAUACUACCACAAACUCUACUAUACGAACUCGCCCUCCCAAACCCAAUCUUUCCAUCCCCAUUCCACCUCGUCUCACCAACGAAAACACACCCGUCAUCACCUCGAGAUCCAAUUCUACUGGUGUUCCAACGGCUACCAUGAAUCCAACAUCAUCAAACAUUCCCGCCUCCCCUACCCAAAUGAAGUGUUCACCUUCCUCACCCCUCCAAUCUGCUCAUUUACGAUCUGCUACCACUCCAUCCCCAUACACAUCCAAAAGUAAAUCACCACCCUCCCCUGGCCUUUCCCUACGUCUCACCCCUUCUAUCGUUAUGAGCCGUCCAAUCUGGCCACUCCCCCCACUCCCCAAUACAGACAUUCCACCCGUCCCCUCCAUUACCACAUCCAAGCAUUCACCUUCCAACAACUCGCCUCCCAGCGAUUCGUCUCCUUCGGACGGAAACGCAGACCGUGACGAGGGGAGUAGGAUGAGGAGAUCAAUGUCUGUCAAGUUGAAUGCCAUGCCGAGUCUCAAUGUUAUGGGUGAGACGGAGACGGUUCGGCCUGAACCCUCGCCACCUACCGAGCCUCCGACUGCAUCUACAAAUGAAGAUGUUGUGGUGGAGGCUGCACCCUCCAAAGACAAGGGCAAAGGCAAGGCUCGACGACGGAGUAAAGACGACGAGGGUGAACAAGAAGAUGGAAGCGCGAGCGAUUCAGACGACUCGGUAUACUUUGACGCUCGUGGAUCCGUUUUCCUCUCGCCCAAGGAUGUCGCCAAAGCUUUGGAGAGGCGACAUAGUCAGAUGCAACCCAUCCCCCGCCCUGUUCGCUCUUCUGAAGGUGGAGGUGUUGGAGCAGAGAGAUCCAACGACGCUGAUGCCGAACGGGAGAGGAGAAACUCAUCCUGGAGCUUUAGUACGAAUGGACGAGAAAGUAUUUAUCUCACCCCUAUGGAGAGCGUUAGUCCCUGGCGAACCCCUGGAUCAUCUGCAUUAUUAUCCCAUCAAACUGACUUGUUGAACAAUAAUUCGGCAUUUGCAAAAGAGUUGGCAAACAAGCGCUCGAGCGUACCUGCCGCCUUUGCGGCACCAUUCGGAGCUGGAGCGAGUAAUAGUGGAACCUCGAGUCGGAAAGAAAUGCGGUUCAGCAUGUCGAAUGCAUCUCAAGUAGGCGCCGAUGGUCUGCCCAAUAUUGACAUGUCGGGGCUCAACUUUGAUCCUUCUAUAUUCAAGACGAGGACUCCUAGUAGUGAUAAUACACCUAAACGUACGAGCUUACGGUUCGCUAGCGCUA